ACAAGCCCCGGGAGGAUGAAACAGCGAGCACACAAAGCACAAGGCAUCGCACAAGAACAUUCCCUGGAUGGAAAACUAAGCAAACAACUUUAUAGUCCACAAACUUUAACAUUUUAACCAAAUCUUUCGGGAGAAUUCUCCGCAGGAGCUGAGACGUUACGUACCGUUACGAGGAAGUUUAAAAAGUUUGACAAAAAUCCGCCUUCAACCUGAAAAAGACGGACAAAAAGAGGGAAACGGGGUAUUCUGAGGCCCGUAAACUUUUAGGGCGGGCUGUUGUCCUGUGUGAUGGGCGAGGGGCAGGAGCAGUCGUACGAGGAGCAGCUCAGAGGAGUGUUUGAUAGUUUUGACCUGAGCGGCUCUGGCUCUCUGUCUCAGGACGAGCUGUGGGAGCUGUGUGUGUCUCUGCAUCUCCAGGAGGCCACACCUGCCCUGCUCCAGACUCUACGGCUCAGCCAGCAUACACCCAACGCCAGGGUUGAGUUUGAGCAGUUCAAAAAUGCACUUAUACUCGUCCUGUCUUCAACCAUCGAGGAGAAACAAACAGAACAAGAGCCUCCACCAAAACCAGCCUCUCCAGAGAUCCAGCCUAAGUUUGUGAAGGGCAGUAAACGCUACGGCCGCAGGUCCACUCCAGAGCUCAUCGACCCAACUUCAGAUCUUGGCCAGUCCAGUCCUAGUCCAAAGGAAGACCAGGACUGGAACUAUGAGUCUGCUGUCCCCUGUAAACGAGAGCGCUGGAACGCUCUCGAGACCAGCACAGAGGAGGAGUAUGAAGCUGAAGGUCAGUUGCACCUAUGGAACCCAGACGAACCUGGUACUGCGGGUGUUCUGCUGGGGCAUCUAGAGCAGAGGGCACAGGAGGGCUGUGAGGAGCUGGCUCUGUCCUGGGACAGUUUGGCCAGUCACAAAGAUCUACUUGCUCUGUGUCAACAUCUAGGGCUAGAGAUCUCAGGGGAAGUGCUUAAGAUUCUAAACAGUAAUGAAGUGAUGAGUGUCCAGGAGUUUGUUUCCAAAGUUUCAAACCACAACAAACCUCCCACUCCCUCUGCCUCCACCCCCUACAGGCAGCUCAAGAGAAUGCACUCCACACAGCCAUUCGACGAGGGUGGCCGUAGAAUAGCCACUCCCUCGGCUCUGAGCUGCACCAUCGGCUUGAGGCUUUUCUCCACCUUAGACGAUGGAACGGGCUUCACUCCAGUGGAACAGGUCCUGGACUCAUGGACAGAGGAAGGGAUUGAGAACAGUGCUGAAAUCCUGCAGGCCUUGAAUUUCAGUCUGGACGGAAAGCUGAGCCUCAGUGACCUCACCGUUGCCCUGGAAACCGAGCUGCUGGAGACUAAGAACGGCGUGCUGCAGGCGGCGCUAGCAAGUUUCAGAGCAGAGAUCAGACACCUCCUAGCGUGUGUGGACCGUGAACUCAGGGAAAAAGAAAAAAUCCAGUCAGACCUGGAGAAAGCAGAACGACUCAAAAGUCAACUAGCCACAGAAGUAGACGAGCACCACUCAGCCAUCGAACACAUGAACAACCUCAAUCUCAGGAAGCUUGAGCAGGAGCACAAAGACAAACUGUGCUGGGUCCGGGCGGAGUUGAUGCAGGAGAUGGAGCAGAUGCAUGCUCAGGCAGGAGCUCAGAGGGACCAGCUCGAAGCCCAGAUCCAGAAGAUCAGAGAAGAAGAGUCCUUCCUCCGAGAUCACCUCUCUGUCUCUGUCAAGGAAAAUCGGCGCCUUGAGACGGAGCUGUUGGACACUGCAGAAAAACUUGUAGAAGCUCAAAACCAAAUCACAAAACUUCAGACAAACAUAGAUAACAUCAUGAAGGAGAAGUUUGGAGAAUUGGACCCCGGCAGUGCAGAGUUCUUUCUUCAAGAGGAACGGAUUAAACAACUUCACAUCAGUUAUGAGACUCAGUGCAGGGAGCUUCAGGACCGUAUUGACGAACUUCAGUCAGAGUUAAACGACUUCCAUAGUAUUGGCCACGUACAUCAGACGAGUUCAAAGACUCUGAAUGAGGAGCUGGAGAGCAAGAGCCCCGGCAACGAGUCUGACCCCGGGCUGGGCUCAGAGGAGGUGCAGCCGUUCAGUCUGAGUUUGGAGUCUGAGAUGAUGCUGGAGCAGCUUAAAGACCGACACCUGCAGGAGAUGAACGAGCUCCGAAACCAACUGGAAAACAAGAUUAGUGAAUUUGAGGAGCUUGUUACAAACCAGAGGACUUCACACGAGGAGCAGAGAUCAACUUUAGCCCAACAACACCAAGAAGAGCUCCAGACUUUGAGAGAGGAGAUGUGUAGAGUCCAAACCCAGGCGGAGGAGCUUCAAAGGCAGCUAGAGCAAGCUACGAUGGACCCCCCAAAACCGGAAAAGAACCAGGAACUAGAAGCAUUACAGGAACAAAUCCAAACACUACGACAACAGUUACUAGAAUCUCAUAUUAAGAACGCAGAUUUAGACGAACAUCUUAGGAAUCUAGAGGAGGAGCAAAGUGAAAUGAACGAUGGGUUUAAUAAGGAGAUGGAAGAGCUAAAACAAAAACACAGCCAAGAAAUUUCAAGACUAGUGCAAACUCAAGCUGAAACUACUGUCAAAAUGGAGCAGGAGAGAACUAGACUUUUGAGUGAUUUUGAGAAAGAAAAAGAGGAUUUAAAGACACAUUUUGACAAUGAAAUUGGGGUCAGAUUAGACCAAGAACAAGUUAGGUUUGAGGAGGAGACAGACGGGAUCAUACACAGGUUGACAGCACAGUGGCAGAAAGAAAGAAACCAAUUGGAUGAACAAAAUACGGAAAACCUGCAGGUUUUGCUUGAAGAAGAGAUGCUCAAACUAGUCAAAGAACAGGAGGAUAAGGAGAGGGAGCUGAGGAAGCAAUGGGAGAUGGAAAAAGCAGAAAUUCAACAAAAACAUGAUGAAAAUUUGAAUGCAAGACUACACCAACAGACAAGGGAAUAUGAACAAAAAGAGGAGAAGUUAAGGAAUAACUGGGAAAAAGAGAAAGCACAACUAGAAGAGGACUUUGAAGGAAUGGUGCAGGAGAGGGUGAGCGAGGAGAUGAAUAAGGUGGCUGCUGAAAGAGAGGAGGAGGAGGAGAAGUUUGAACGAGUGAUGAUGGAGGAGAGGGAGAGGGUUCAGGAGAGACACCAGGAAACGCUGAAGGAGUUGACCCAGAGGCACAGAGAGGAGAGGGAGGAGCUACACAGCACUUUGGACAAACUGAAGGAAGACAUCGCAGUAGAGAGAUCUAAAGCUGGUCGACUCUCCGAAGAAAAUCUUGUUCUGAAAAAUAAGAUUGAGGCUUUGAAGGACGCAGACCUGAAGGAGAUGAUGAAAACACUGGAAACACUAAAAAAAGAGAAGGAUGCAUCUCAGAGGGCUGCAGAUGACUUCAAGAAACAGAUUUCUGAGCUUCAGUCCCAAAGUGUGCUCCUUGAAAACAAGAACGGGAUUCUGUGUGAGAAAAACUCCCAGCACCUGUGCGACGUGAAGGCUCUCAAACAGCAGAUGGCAGCACUUGCAGAGACCAAGGAGAAAACUACGCCAGAGGACAAAAGACAGCUGUCUGCGUGUGUGUCUGCUCUGGAGGCGGAGUUAACCAAAGCUAUGGACGAGACGAUGUCGCUCAAACAAAGAAACUCUCUGCUCUGUCUGGAAGUUAAUGCACUAAGGGAAAAGAUUAAAUCACUAGAGUCAUUGGAACUUCAGCUUUCAGAUCUGUCAGAAGAAAAAAAGAAUUUGGUGAAAGAGACUCAGGCCUUAUGCAACCAACUCUCCAACACUCAGGAAAAGGUCAAAUCCUCAGAUGACACCCUUCAGGCUGUGACUCUCCAAAGCAGUCGAUUAAAAGCUGACGUCAGAGUUUUACAGCAGCAGAAGGAUUCACUCCAGCAUGAAGUCUCUCUGUUAUACAAGAAACUACAAAACGCCAAUGAUAAGAACCACGUGUUGGAGCGCGCCCUUCACUCCACAGGCCUGCAGAGCCACAGUAAGAGGCUGCUGAGGGAGGAGCUGUCUCGUCUCAUGGAGCAAGACCAGACGUUACUCAAGCAAGAGAACGACAAACUGCAGGGAGAUGUACAAAGUGUGAAGACUGAGCUCAGACAGGCCAGAGACAAGAUCCGUCAGAUGGAUUCCACCAUAGUAAAUCUGAAACAGCACAAACAAAGUCAUUCCUCGAUGUUACUGAACCUGGAACAAGAAAACAUCGCUUUAAAACAAGAGCUAGAUGCACAAAAGGAGAAAAACAAGCUCAGAGAAGCCGGAGCUGGAGGUACAGACAUGGAGAGUAUUUUACAGGAAAACGAAGCUCUGAAAACGCAAAUGGCUCGACUCUCGACUCAACUCAUAGAGACGUUCCAGGCUCAGUUGGUGGGACUGCUUCCUUCAUCUCCUCACAGAAUUCCACGAGGACAGCAGCUUAGAGAGGAGGCCGAUCAGGACGAGCGUGACAGGACGAUGAGGGGGAUGGAGGAGAGGCUGCGAGAGAUCGAGACGUCGCUGCACAACGUCAAACUUCUACUGAAGCAAAAAGUGGCUCAGCUCAAAGAUCAGCUUUAUAAAAACGAUAAAGCGGAUGUUUUGAUCAAAGACUUGUACAUGGAAAACAACGACCUGCUUAAAACAUUGGAGGUGACGGAGCAGAGGCACAAAAUCGCAGAGAAGAAAAACUAUCUCCUGGAGGAGAAGAUCUCAAGUUUGACCAAAAUCCUGCGAGAUCUGAGCCCUUCCACUCUCCCAACUCUGCAGUACCACUUCACAUGCUCCUAACGCGCCUGUACCUGCCCGAGUUUUUAAGUCUCAUUGUUUUUAUGUAAUGUUAUCAUUCCAAUUAGGGCUACACAAUAUUAGCAACAUGUGACAUUAAUAACUAGCUCCAAAAGUCCAACUCUCUCUGGACUGAAACCCGGAUUAAAAAAAUAAAUAAAAUUUUUUUUAUUCUUUAUUCAUCAAUUUUAGUGUUUUACAAUGGUGGG